GUUUCAAAACCAUGGUUGCAAAUAAGAAGCUAACUACAAGUGACGCACUUGCUUUCGUCCGUCUUGUAAAGACUAAGUAUCAAGAUAACCGUGAAAUAUACGAUAGAUUUCUUAAGGUCAUGAAGGACUACAGAGCUCAGAGGGUUGAUACUCGUGUUCUCAUAUCAAGAGUGAAAGAACUCUUCAAAGGGCAACCAGAGAUACUCUUAGCUUUCAAUGUUUUCUUGCCAAUGGGUUACGAGAUAACACUGAUCAAAGAUGACAAACAUCCACCAAAGAAGUCUACUGCUCACUUUGACGAUGCUUUUAAUUUUGUCAACAGUGUCAAGUCAAGAUUUGAGAAUGAUAAAACAUUCGACUCAUUUUUAGAAGUUUUGAACACAUAUAAAAAGAAAAACAAGAGCGUUGCUGAGCUCUACAAUGAGGUGGCUAUCCUUUUUCGAGGCCAUCAAGACUUGCGUGAGGAAUUCCAUCACUUUCUUCCUCGUUGUGGAUGAAUGUUUUUGGUUCGAGCCACUUCUAUAUGCUUCA